AACUCGAAGCCUUCAGUACCACGUGAGAAGAAUGUGCAAUGACAGCUUUACGAGCGGCUCCGCUCCCAUCUUGGCAUUCCAGAGCGGUGGCGUGGAGACAGCACGCUGGCGAAGGUUUGCAGGAAUGGGCGCAUACACACGGCGGCACUUCUGAAUGUAGCUAACGUUUGAUAAAUAUAUAUAUAUAUUUUUUUCAAUGUUCCUUAUUUUCUUUAAUUUUUUCCCCCUUUUCUUUGAUUAGCAUAUUAUUAUUUUUUAUUCGAACCAAAUCGCCAUGGCUUGGCCGUGCAUAAGCAGAGUGUGCUGUCUGGCUCGGUUCUGGAACCAGUUUGAUAAAUCCGAUCUUUCAGUGCCACUGACCAUACAGAACUACUCGGACAUCACCGACCAAGAGGUACAAUCCGUCACCAGGCAGGUACCGACGGACCGGGUUCUGAGGCACAACUAUUCCACCACGGAACAUCGCGGAUCCCCCCAGACACCGGGAGAUGCCCCGGGGACUCAGAGGUCAUUGAGGGGCCGGAGGGAGCCCAACUUCAAACCCCAGGAGGACUACCAACAAACCGGUGUGCCUUUCUCCACUGUCACCCAGUACAAGCAGGAUUACAAACCCUGGCCAAUUCCGAAGAAGGAGAAUUUCCCCUGGAUUAGCAAUGUCGGAAAAGGGGGUGAAGUUGGUUUGGAUAGCCCCGUGAACAGUAACCCCAAUGCGAGCCAGACUAGAGGGGACAUGGGGGAGAGAGAGGAGCGGGGCAGACAGAGGUGGGGGGAGCAGGGGACGGUAACCGCCAAAAGCUCUUACAGACAGGAGUACAGGCCAUGGACAGGGGCAAGACCAGCCAAGACCACCAGGAAACAACGCCCCCCUGCCCCGUAUGCCAGUCCCGGGUCGGGGGUCUCCCACCUCCCUAAUGAGACCAGCUACCAAGCCGCCUACAACGGAGGCGGGGAGGCUUUCAGACACACAGAGCUUCACCAGAGGGACCAUACUCCCAGCUCCUCCACUGCUGACCUGCUGACCCCCACCUCCAUCUCCACCGUCCCCCAAAACACCGUAACCCCACUCCAGCCCUACUCCAUUGCCACUACCACCCCUAUCACCACCACCGCCGGCCUCCAGCAGAGCAGCCUGCCAGAGAGACCUGACCUCAGUAUAGGAACCAUGGGAGAGCGUGACAGGGAGUGGAACUCUUUGGGGAAUCUCCAGGGGUUUAGUGCCAUCCCCCCGCCCACGCUCCUCUGUGCCUUCUGCCAGCGCAGAGUAGGGGAGAACGAGCUGCGCCGGGCUGGCCUGGACUUACUCGGCUUUUCCGCUUUCACUCGUUGUCAUCUAUGCCAGAGAGAUUAGAGAAAGAAGAAACUCCUGCACACUGCUUGCUAGGAAUGUUUCAGUUGUCAAUUUAAUAACAAGUUGAAAUAAACAUAUUUUUGGCCAAUCACAUGGGAGAACAUGUUUUAGUGUAUAGUCUUUCUGUUGUAGCAGUAGUGUAGCCAGACAAAACAGCUAACUUCCUGCAAUUCUACACAUUUUGCCAUGGGGCAGAGAAACAUUUGCAGUUUUAUAGCUAAUCUCAUGCUGUUCUCCACAUUUUGCCAUGCGGCUGAGAGAAAAUGUUGCUGUUUUAAGCUAAUUUCCUGCAAUUUUACAUAUUUUGCCAUAGGGGAGAGAGGAAAAUGUGCAGUUUUAUAGAUAAUCUCAUGCUAUGUUACACAUUUUGCGAUGAGGCUGAGAAAACAUUUUGCAUUUUUAAUGCUAAUUAAAGCUAAAAAUCUAGGUGUGUUGACUGUGAUAAAGGUAGUGGAUUGUGAGCUGUUUUAUUCACUAAAUGAACAAAUGAAGUGGGCAGUGGCAUCAAAUCAAAUCAAAUUUAUUUAUAUAGCCCUUCGUACAUCAGCUGAUAUCUCAAAGUGCUGUACAGAAACCCAGCCUAAAACCCCAAACAGCAAGCAAUGCAGGUGUAGAAGCACGGUGCAUGGUGCAUAUAGCUGUACAAGCACACUGACAUAUGCCUCAAUGCAGUCAUAUUUGUGGGGGGUGUGGCUUUCAGUUAGUUAUUGUUGGCCACCCAUCCCAUGAGACUGAAUGUCUUUCCAGUGCACCGCUUGCUAUUCAUUCUAUCUGAUGCCGUUUGCACGUUUAGGGAAAAAUACCAAUAAUGUCCCGUUUGGAACACUGACAAGUAGAGAGCAUAAAAAUAAAAGAACACUUGUUUUUCUGUUCAAUCUGAUUGGGUGGACCUGUGCCUUCGCGACUGUGUUGUAGAAGGCCAGUCCAACAGUGUUUGACAGGCCACAGGAUUUAAUAUGAGAUAUGUCAUCUGUAGGUCAUAGUCUAUUAAUAACCAUGGCCCAGAAAACAGGGUGUGUUCAGGGUCCAUGCAGGGAAAGGUACAACACCACAGUAGGCUACAAUGUAAGCGCUGUUGUACAAAUUGGGUGCAGAGGAUUUAACCCCGUCUCCUGCCCAGAAAAGUAGACAUCAGAUACCAACUACAGGCUAUUGUCGUCAUAUUGGACCCUCUCUCUGUACACCCCCUAACCCAUCAAUCAACUUCUACUUCAGUAAUACCUCCCCUCUAACCCCAAACAACGACCUAGUGCUCCAUCCUUUUUAUCGGUCACCGAGCAAUCUGCCAACACGACGCAAAAGCCAUUGGAUCUAUAUUAAACCAUCCGGUCCAGUCCCAGCCCCCACACACUGCCAAGUCAUUAUUGACACCCCAACCCACUAAGC